AGGUACGGUAUUUCUGCAUCCUAAAGAUAAAGCAAAAAUCUUCUUUGGAAUAGACGGAUUUUGUGUCAUUUUCUGUGAACUAAAGCGAUUCAAUGUCUCUUCUGGAUUGUUUCUGCAUUUCACGAACACGAGUUGAAUCACUCAGAGCUGAAAAACAGCCUGAAACCAGUAUCCAUCAAUACUUGGUUGAUGAGCCAACCCAUUCCUGGUUGCCUUCGUCCACUAGAGCCAGCGAAGCGAUCCGUUCCACCAGUGUUUCUCACUAUGAACUCCAAGUGGAAAUAGGAAGAGGAUUUGGUAACUGGACUUCUGUCCGUCUUGCAUGGCCUACUCCUACAGGAACCCUGGUGACUACAAAAAUUACAAAUCUGGAAGACUGCACUGACGAACGCCUGAAAGCUUUACAGAAAGCAGUGAUUCUAUCCCACUUGUUCCGGCACCCCAAUAUUACAGCUUACUGGACUGUUUUCACUGUUGGCAGCUGGCUUUGGGUUAUUUCUCCAUUUACGGCCUAUGGUUCAGCAAGUCAACUCUUGAGGACUUACUUUCCUGAAGGAAUGAGUGAACCUUUAAUAAGAAACAUUCUCUUUGGAGCAGUGAGAGGGUUGAACUAUCUGCACUAGAAUGGCUGUAUUCACAGGAGUUUUAAAGCCAGCCAUAUCCUCAUUUCUGGUGAUGGCCUAGUGACCCUCUCUUGCCUGUCCCAUCUGCAUAGUCUGGUUAAGCACGGACAGAGGCAUAGGGCUGUGUAUGACUUCCCACAGUUCAGCACGUCAGUGCAGCCAUGGCUGAGUCCAGAACUCCUGAGACACGAUUUACAUGGAUAUAAUGUGAAGUCAGAUAUUUACAGUGUUGGGAUUACAGCAUGUGAAUUGGCCAGUGGGCAGGUACCUUUCCAGGACAUGCAUAGGACUCAGAUGCUUUUACAGAAACUAAAAGGUCCUCCUUACAGCCCAUUGGAUAUCAGUAUUUUCCCUCAAUCAGAAUCAAGAAUGAAUUCCCGAUCGGGUGUAGACUCUGGGGUUGGAGAAAGUGUACUUGCCUCCAGUGGAACUCGUACAGUCAAUAGUGACAGAUUGCAAACGCCAUCCUCAAAAGCUUUCUCUCCUGCCUUCUUUAGCUUGGUACAGCUCUGUUUGCAACAAGAUCCUGAGAAAAGGCCAUCAGCAAGCUAUUUAUUGUCCCAUGUUUUCUUCAAACAGAUGAAAAAAGAAAGCCAGGAUUCAAUUCUUUCAGUGCUGCCUCCUGCUUGUCACAAGCCAUCAACAGCACUGCCUCCAGCCUCCCCCUGGACUGAGCCAGAAUGUGACUUUCCUGAUGAGAAAGCAUACGACUGA